AUAUCUACAAAGAAGAAGUGGCAGCAGCAGUACUAGCACCAGCAGCCUUUGGACUAUGUAGUAUUAUUGUUAUUGAUGUUCGCCAUUUUUAAGUGAAAAUACAGUUUUUGGUGCAUUGAUUUGACAAAAGCGUAAAAAGGAACACACUACGUAAAAAAAACUAUAACCGCGACCAACAAAACGACACAAUUCGACGGGCAUUCAGUGCAAAAAUCUUCUUCCAAGAUUAUGAGCCACGACCGUGAUGCCAUGGGUGAACAACCAAUUUUCACAUGUCAUGCUCAUGUAUUUCACAUCGAUCCGAAGACAAAACGAACAUGGAUCACCGCAAGUACAAAGGCCGUAGCGGUCAGCUUUUUCUACGAUUCGUCGCGAAAUUUGUAUCGUAUUAUCAGUGUGGAGGGAAGCAAGGCUGUCAUAAAUUCAACAAUAACGCCUAAUAUGUCAUUUACUCAGACAUCACAAAAGUUUGGACAAUGGAGUGAUGUACGUGCCAAUACAGUCUACGGUUUAGGGUUUUCAUCUGAAGCCGAACUCACGAAAUUCGUUGAGAAAUUCCAAGAGGUCAAGGAAGCGACAAAGAAUGCCAUUCAAAACACAAAAAGUACGACAAAUGGUAGUUCGGCUGCAACACCGGUUACUUCGGCCAACACCUCACCCGUCACGGUUCGAACAGGUGGUUUACAACAACAGCAGCAACAGCAACAGCAGCAGCAGCAGCAACAACAGCAGCAACAACAACAGCAGCAGCAGCAGCAACAGCCACCACAACAGACUGACGAAGGAAAUAGUGUAGAACAUAUUGCUGUAGCCAAUAUUCAGAUUAAGAAUACCAAUCCAGAUAGUCCAAUGCACACCAAAAUAACGACAAAUGCUUCAAACAUCGAAAUGUUGAAACAGGCUUCAUCGUCGCUGAACAAUUCAUCGACGGAAUCGGGUCCACACAGUGAACAACAACUAAAAUAUGAAAACGAACGGCUUAAAUUAGCGCUCGCUCAAAGUUGUGCCAAUGCAAAAAAAUGGGAAAUCGAAUUGACCACACUGAAAAGUAACAAUAAUCGAUUAACAAGCGCUUUACAAGAGUCCACCGCCAAUGUUGAUGAAUGGAAACGACAAUUGCAUACGUACAAAGAGGAAAAUUUACGCCUUAAACGUGAAAUGGAUGCGAUGAAACCAUUGGGUGGCGGUAAUGCUGUCAAUGAACACAACGAAGAGAUGCGAAUCGAAAAUAUUAAGCUCAAAAGUCGAAUCAUAACAUUGGAAAAAGAGAUACAAGAGCUACAGAUAAAAGCAUCGAAAUCAAAUGUGAAAGAUAAAAGCAAUGAACAAAGUUUUAAGCGGCUAAUAGAUAUAAAUGAUAAAUUUUCCAAGACCCUGGUCGAUAUGUGCAAUGUGCAGCAAGAAAUGGAAAAAAUCAUUCAAGAUCACAAAAGCACUUGAGAAUUGGACCUGCUUUGCCAUAACGAA